UGUUUUUUGGGAGCUGGCAAUGCUAUAUUAAAGUUUUGGUAUUUUAUUGCAAACACAACUUUUAACGAAUUUUGUCUCACAUUUAUUUCCGAUAUUUUCUAAGAUAAGCCACCUGAAUUUUAAAAAGCUGUUUUCAAAAUGUAAGUGUUACACACAGUUUUAAUUUUCAUACGAAUGGAAAGAAAUUAUAAUCGUGUUUAAUUUUUAUUUAGCGGAACGAACAAAGCUUUAACAAUUUUUUGUGUGAAAAAAUUGUGAAUAAAAAGCUGAAUAAGGAAAAUCGUGAAUAAGCAGGAUUUUAGUGCUAUUUAAGCAUUAAAAGCAUUUAAGAAUAUAUAUUCGCAUAUAGGAAGACGUAGGGAGUUCUAUAUAGACUUCCUAAGUAAAUCUACACCAAGCUUAUCUUUUUGGCACAGCGCAAUGGAAUCUCCACCAAUGUUUAAUAGCGUUGAGGAUGAAUGUCGGUAUUGGAAAGAACGUGCUAAGCUCUAUCACAAAGAAUGGACAGAUGUGAAACAAGAAUAUGAUGAAUAUGUGGAGCAAUCGCGACAAAUGGAAGCAGAAAUGGAUGCUACACUUGAUCAAAAACAGAGUAUAAUCAAAGAUCUCAGAUUGACACUUUCCUCAUUAGAGAAAGAGAAUGAAUCAUUAAAGCUUAAACUACAAUCUCAUGGCAUUGAAUUAGCCAAUACAGAGCGACAAAUGGAAAAUUUUAAAACCGAGCGCGAUUCCCUCAAAGUGUACCUGCGACAAUUGGAACAAAAAAACGAUGAUUUGGAGCGAGCACAUCGCAUACUCAAUGAAAGCAUUGCAGAUUUUGAAAGAAUGUUAGAUAAAGCUUAUGAAAAAAAUGCUCUACUUGAAAUGGAGGUGGAUGAAAAGGAAAUGCUACAGGAAAAGCUACAGAGACUUAUGGAUGAAACAAGAGACUUAAAACAAGAACUGAAUGUAAAAACGCGUAACCCAUUAAAUGGUUCAGUUAAUAAUAUAUCUGAAUCGACAACACUGUCGGCAACUAUAGCAAAUGGCGCUGUAAAUAACAGUGAUAUAACACAUGAAGAAAUUAGCCUCAACAAUACCAGCCUUACACAUAAUCUGAACAACAGUCCAGCAGUUAUUCCCAAUUACGGUGAACAACAUUCGUUGAAAAAAAAACCCUUUUCAGAUUCAACAAAUUUACUCAAUGGCAAUGCAAUGACGCCCAGCUCUCGUACAUCUGCACUCAACAUUGUUGCAGAUAUGCUACGGAAAUUGAAUUUGGAUAGGGCACUUUUAUGCCCUCUGUGUGAAAGGUUUCGUUGUAUCUGUGAUCGUUCAGUAGCUGCUGCUGCUGACUCUACAAGCAGCUGUGCCUCCACACCAACGACCGAUAGUGUAGGUCGUCUUAGACGCAGUUUAACAAAUACCUUUGGCAGCAAUAAUUCCAUGGACACAAACGCUACAGUGACCUCCACAAACACGUCCUACACCGAUUACGACGCCGAUGUCUCUGAUGUGUCCUUACGACGAAUCGCCAGUCGUAGCAAUUCGAGUCUAAAUUUUGGUACAAAUAUAUUUAAGCGCUUUGCAGACCGCAUGAGUGGAGGAAAUAUCAUUCAUCCCAACUCUACUAAAACACCGAUAAGCACAAAAAAUAAAAAUAUUUCCAAAUAAGUACAAUAAGUUCGUUAUAAUUUAGUAUUUUUUAUUUUGCUUUGCUUUUGUGGUUUAUGAAUAACGAAAUAUCGUUUAAUUAUUUCGUAUGCGAAAAGCAUUAAACUAUUUUUUUCUACAAUAAACGUUUUAUACUGCAUUGUUGUUGUGAUUAGUUAUAGUCAAUUAUAUUCAAUUCAAGGCGCAGAUUCGUAAUGCAGUGGAAGAGAGAAGCCAACACUUGGUCGGAAGGAGUGGAGAGUUGCAAAAAAUUUGUUUGCUUUCCGUACCUGUUCAAAUAGGAAAUGUCGUAUGAUAGUUCUGACAUUGUAUAAACUAUAUAAUUCUCCUACGACCAGGCCCUAUUUGUGUUGUGCUUUUUUUAAAGGAGAUGAAGCAUCUCUCGCUCUUCAGUGUUAACUAAAAGCAAAUCUCCUGUGUGCCUUUAUUCUUUCGAGACAAUGAAUAUGCUGGAAUCAUUAACUUCUUACAUCAUAAGGAAUCUUUUUUAACAGGCGAAAAGUUUCUGUUCUCCAACAGAUAACAUCUUUAAGAGUAAAUACUGAAUGUCAUAAUUCCGGGCACUCCAUUUAUUGCAUUACAAACCCUCAUAUAGUGGAAUUUAUGUAAAAUUUAGAUUAAGAAUACGAGCGAUUUGAAACAAAAUAAAGCACUUAUUUUCCCCUUUGCAGGCAAUGGAGACAAAGCUCAAGACAUACCGGGAUCAUGCCCCAAUCGUGCACCCACGUCAAUGACAGCCGCUCAGUUGCAGUUCAGCCACAUUUCUAACAUCAACAACUACCACAACAACAACGUCAACUCUUUAUACACACAGCAUUACUGUUCAACCACUAAUGGAUAACUAAGCAAAGGCUUCCCUUGGUGCCGGCUAGCAAAGAAAUAAAUCAAAUCAGAUUAUUCAUUCCUGCUAUAUAUCGGUUAAUAAUAUAUACAUUUAGAUAAAGAAUCCUUGUUAAUUUGUACACAGCUGUGAUAGCGAGUGUGUAUAAAUAAAGUGGCGCUUGUAAUACUGCUAGCACACAUACAUACAUACCUACAUAAGAGAGUGAAAUGUGCUGCGAACAAAAGAAAUGGACAACAGAUUGCUUGAGAAGAAAGAAAAUCGAAAUCCGUUAAUUUAUACUAUAGCCUUUGAAAUGUCUAUAAAUACUUAGAAUUAACAGUUAAAUUGGAUGACACGAGGAUAAAUUGUUGAAAACAGGAUGAGUUGUUUUAAAACACAUUUCAUUUUGUGAUGCGUUUUGCGCACUGCUACAAAUACAAAAAGUAUUCUUUCUUAUAAUUUAUAUGCUUAAACGCUUGUGAGCACUAACUAUAAUUAAUGAUCGAUUUUUACGCCACAAACAUAUAAGAGAAAACAUUACCUAUUUUUCUACAAAUAUUUACAUGCUCUUAUUUCGUGUGCUGCAAAAAUAUUUUUUGUGAAACAUUUAAUAUGCAAAUGAAAUAUGCAGCAAACAAAUGUUUAGUAAUCGUAAGAGUUCGAAAAGUGAGCAUUCAAUGCUCAUGCCCGACAGCUAAAACAGCUGAAAUUAUUUGUUAUGUACAUUAAAAGUCUAGUGAUUCUACAAAUAAGCAGAUUAAAUCAAUCGCAAACACCCAGCAAUUGUAACUCCAAAUAAUAUAUACAUAUGUAUAUACAUGCAGAUCAGCAGGAUAUCUGUAGUUACGAACAGACGAGCAGUGCACUGAAGACAUACUGCAAUAACAACACCAAUAACCAACAGAUGGCACCCGCAGUGCCGGGUAUCCGAAUGCGAGAAGUAACUGUAUAUUCCCAUAACUCAAGAGUAGAAAAACGUGAGAAAACAAAUGAAAUAAAACGAAAAGACUUGUGUGAUUGUAAAAUUCUCGACAAUGAUCUUAAUAGAAGUCCGCUCGUACACCCAUAUAGACGACUUGUUAGUAUAAUAUCGAAUAGUAGUAAAAAUACUAACUUUUAGCAAAAAUUUAUGAAACUAAGCACAUAUAAAUGGAGCAAGAUAGUGCGUAGUAACAAAACAGCAAAAGCAAACAAAUGCGUAAAUGCCCCUAGUGUUUGCUACCAAAACAAAAGACAAGCACUAAUUACUCUCAUACAUAUUGUACCGUUAUCAUUCAACUCUGAGCUCUGGCGUCCGGUCGCCUUUACCCAUAACAUAUACAAACAUACAUAGUUUAAAUGUAACAUUACAUAACCAUUUAAGUGUCUAGUGCUGCCCGUACCGCACUUACCGCCCAUUUUGCCAGUUUUAUAUUUUUUUUCAUAAUUAUAUUCAUACGUUAGAUUUUAUUUUUGCAUUAAUUUUAGUUUCAUGAACCAUAUACGUAUUUAAUAAUGAAUACUUUAAGGUAUUUUUCAUAAGCAGCUGUAACUGCACGAUUAAUUUCUCAUUAUGAAUCUGAAAAUGUGUAGUUUGUUUGAGUACAAGUAAAUUAAUGGAAACUAUUUUUGUAAGAUUUCACUUUGAAUUCAAUGAAAACCUUCUGUUCACCAGCAUAAAUAUAAGUAUAUACAAAGAAAAACUACAAUAAUAUGUAAUAUGAUACAAUAAAUAAAAUAUAUGUGUUACCUACAGAGUUGGAUUCACAAA